CCUCGAAGUGCCCCUCGGGGACAAUCAAGUAUUAAAGGAGAAACGUUGUUUCCGACUCUUCCCUCAGAAAUCCCGUGACCGGCUCGGCCGGCCCAAGGUUUCAACAUGCCUGCUGUACAUGGGGAUUUAGCGUCUAUGGUGAUGCCUACAGACCAGGAGCUGCUACCGGAGAUCUACCCUCGGCAGGUUACCCUUCGCGAUCGCGUUACGGUCGCGACCCUGGUGCCCUUUCUGUCGCCCGAUGAUGUGCCCCCGUCUCUGUUGGGCUACCUAUCAGACCAAUUAAAUAGUGAAAUCGAAAAGGGCGACACCUAUGCUAUGAUUGACCCUAUUCCGUACGAUGAAUUUAAGCACUAUUGGUUCUCUCACUUCGGUGCUAUCAUGCUCCUCGGGGAUAUCAAGAAUACCCAGGAUGUCAAACUCCUGGACAGAACGGGGGCAGCAAAUUGGCCCAAGCUCUGUCUGGGCAGCUUUACCGUCAGACCCAACUACCCUGGCCGUAGUAGUCAUAUCUGCAAUAGCAUGUUCCUUGUCACCGAUGCCUCUCGGAAUCGAGGUGUUGGCCGACUGAUGGGGGAAGGAUACCUAGAGUGGGCUCCAAAACUGGGGUAUACAUAUGCCAUGUUCAACAUAGUCUAUGAGAGUAAUGUUGCUUCUUGUCGUCUUUGGGACUCUCUAGGGUUCAAACGGAUCGGAAGAAUACCAGGAGGUGGUAGACUCGCCUCCAAUCCCGGACAAUACGUUGAUGCGAUCAUUUAUGGCCGGGACUUGGGGCCCGAGGGUGAGGACUCUGUUACCCAGGAUCGCUUUGACAAGAUCCGGUAUUAUCUGAAGCAUUCAAAGUACCCUAGGGGCGCUGACAGGGCCGAGAAGAGCCGGCUUAGAAGUGCAGCAACCCACUAUAAACUAGUUGGGGGGCAAGACGGCGAAGCCGAGAAGCUGAUGCUGAAAGAUAAAGAGGUAGUGUCGGAUCCACAACAGCAAUACGAUAUCGCUCGGGAGAUGCAUGUUCAGCAGCAUGCUGGCAUCAAUAAGACUACAGCAGCCAUUGCAGUCAAGUACCAUUGGGUCCGGAUCAAGGAAACUGUAAGCAGGGUCAUCCGAGACUGUCCUCAGUGCAAGGAGACACUCAAAUCGCCCUUGGCCAACGGGCUCUUCAUGAAUGAAGAUAUGCCAGAAGAGGAGGAUCAAACGAGCAGUCGCGAGAGCGAGCCUAGUAUGCCUACCAGCGAGAACAUGGGAGCAAACCCGCUCAUGGACCAUGUAUCUCUGGAUGCCCAUCAAAGCCAGAAUCCUUUUGUCACCACCCACCCAUCCGUUGUUCCAGGAUCAGUAGAUUCUAUCAGCGAUUAUGUCAUGCCUCUUGACCCCCAAAUCAUUGAUAUUCACCAGCAACUUCCCAGAUUCCAAACUCAUGAUGCUAUGACCGACCCAUACACGCACGGCCCGCAUGGCUUGUCUAGCUCGCAUUUUGAUGAUGAUGUGCGGCAUCAUGCAGCUAGUGAUUACCAUAUGAUGGUUGAUGACCCAUCUGAUCCAGACCCUGGAUCGGCACUCCAUCAGGAUGCACUUGGGCUAGUGCAUUCACAAGUUAGCGAUGUGCAUCACCACGAACAGAUACUGGCCAAGUAUCAGUAUGUAGGGCAGACGGAUGAUGACUUGGACUUUACGUGAUAUGCUGUAUGUUCGCACCUUCUCUCUCAGUUUUCCAGCCCACUUCUAUCGGGUCUGAUUUGAUUUUCUCCUUUUAUAUUUUUCUUUUUGGGGCAUUAUCUUUCUGUAUGGCAUUUCUUGACGGCGUUCAAUGCAAGUUGGGCUUGCAUCAAUCAUUAUGGAUCAUCGGAUAACUACGGCUGUGGAGAUCUGUAUUACUAGCAGUAUGAUAGAAGGUGACGUGAAGAUCAUAAUAAAUGAUAAGUAAUAG